GGCGAAGUAAGUCGGGGCAAAGUUACGUACAUAAUUCUUUCAGUCGGCCUUUAAUACGAAGCAGAAGAGGAUAAGUAUCAGUUGGUUGUUUUAUCUGACCAUAAAAAUUUCCAGACUUCUACCAUGGAUUCAAACAAGACAAAGCAAAACGACGACUUGGGUACCUGCCGCGUAAAAUUUUCCAUUAAUUUGGAAACACUAAGACCCGACAUGAAAAAUGCGACGGGGUAUGAUUCCCGAACGAAAUUUGAGAAGGAAUUUGACUUCUUUGUUCCAGAAAUUUAUAGGCCCCCCAACAAUUCCACCAUAUUUGAACCUAAUCCACAACUCAGUACAAUUCGGGAUGACUUGGAAGACUGGAUUUCUGACAGUUAUGGGACCUUCGUACCGCAAAAAUAUGGCGAAAAAUUAGCCAAUCAUGCCGCCUCUUGUAUACCUCGACUCUUUCCAAGUUAUCCCGUGGAGGGAACAGAGUUUCAGAUUUUGUGCUAUUUCUUCAUCAUCGGCUUCAUCUUGGAUGAUUAUUUCCUCGAUAACACCGGCCAUGGUGAUGACGAGGGGGCGAAGAAAGAAAACUAUUUCGAGAUGGGUAGCAACACCGUCGCGGAACUUUUUGAAACGACCGCCGGAAGCGAAGUGAUUGACACCAAAAAUCUUACUUCGAAGGCCAUGGACAUGAAAAUAUUUAAAGAGCACCCGUUCUUAGUAUCGAUUGGGAACUCGAUGAAAGAAAUUUUUAUCAUUCUUCAAACGGUUAAUGGAAACCUUACUCUGGACAAGUUGUGGUCCGGGUACAAACUCAAUCUCCUCAAAACCAUGGAGUCUGCGAGGUGGACGUUUAGAAAUGAAAAUUUAGGAAAACUGGACGCAUUCUCGGAGGACACGUGUCGCUACUUUAGGACGAAUGCGACCGGCUUCACGGAUACGAUGUGUUACAUCAGAAUGUUAGAAGGGAUCGAGUUGCCCCAAAUAAUAUCAGGACACCCCGUAUUUAUCAGAUGGCACGACAUUGGGGAAAAUCUGGCGGGGAUUUUGAAUAAUUUGCUCGGCCUGCAGAAGGACCUCUUGCUCGGGGAGGAGGAAGCAAUUUUGUUAUACAAGCUAAGAAAUGGAACCCUUCUUAGCGUAGCGGUGGACGAGGAGCUCCAACUAUUGCGGAAUUACGUGAAUGAUUACACACAACUUAGACGCCACGUUUUAACCGAGUUUGGAGAAAAAUACGGAAGGAUUUCCAAUUAUGUCGAAUUAGUGGAUAACUUCUUGCACGGAUCUAUAUACGCUUUCAGGGAUUCAGUCAAAUACGGAAUGACGGAGCAGAUUUGGGUGAAUUAUGAGGACUAGACGUCAAAUUCAGCAGAUUGUUUAUAAAUAUUAAUUCUUAAAUUUUAACAAGUACAUAUUGCAGGAUAUACACUUUCAAUUGUAGUACAUAUUCAUGUACGUGACUAACAACGCUAACUCAAUAAAGUUUGAAAUCUUUCUAAUUUUAA